AUGCCAUCGCCAUGGCAGCUACAACUGCGCAGGGUCUUGCGAUCGACUUAUUGGGACAUCUUCACAGGUGUCACUAUCAUAGUCGAUGUUGCCUUCACAUGCAUUGACAUCGACAAGCGCGCUUUGGGCGAUGUUCCGCCGUGGUGGCUGGAGGUGGGCUCUGGUCUUUGCCUGUGCAUUUAUGCUCUGGAACUCGCAGCUGUGUUUGCCGUACGAGGAUGCGCCGUUCUUCAGGAGGCAUGGACCCUGCUUGACAUCAUCAUUGUCGGAUCGGGGGUUUUGCAGCUGGUGCUCAAGUUUGUCGGUGUUUCCUUGGACAGUGUGGCGGUCCUCCGACCGCUUCGAGUUGUCCGGAUUAUGAGGCUUUUCCGCCUCUUCCGCAAGUUCAGCAUGUUGAAAGAGCUCCGCAAGCUCAUAUCAAUGACAGCUAGCUGCUUCAAGACGCUAUGCUGGAGUUUUCUUUUCUGCUUCAUUGUUAUGACUUCCUGGGCGAUGCUGGCAGUGGAGAUGUUGCAGCCCGUGAUGCCCAACUUGGAG